AUGAGUCCGAAAGAAUUCUUUCAAUGGAUUGUAUGCAUCAUAAAGGACUUGUUCGCAAAAUGUACGUUGGUUUUCAAAAAAAAAAGGCCUGCGACAAAAUGCGUUCAAGAUGACAUUGGUUUACGAUCGCUGUUCUUUGUCUCUGAGAAUUCGUCUGCAGAGGCAUUAACUUUGCCAACUGACGCAAGCGAAGAAAGGACUCUUACUGGAAUGUCUGAAAAAGGAAGAGUUUAUUCCCUCUCUGUAAAGUCUCAGAAAAUCAAUGUUUUUCUCAGCUGCAACAACACUGUACCCCAGCAGGCAGAGCUUUGUGAGCUAAGUACUGAACGUGAAUCUCCUCGUAAUCUAAAAUCCACAUAA